AUGCGAGCUGAUGGACCCUCCUCAGCUGCGACAAGGCCAAACGCCGCGUCUGCCAUGGUCGCCGGUGCGCGUGUCUACCUCGCGGACCCCGCCACUCUCAGCAAGGCGACGUUCUCCUGCGACGGCGUGUUUCUUCCGUCAUCACCCACGGCAGCAACACCGGCGGCCAUGGCUGCACAGCAACAACACCUGUACGACGUGACGUGCAAGAGUCUGCUGGUGCCGGCGCCGCGCCCACUCGAGCGGCAACGGCGAUGGUUCAGCAGCUAUCCCGUACCGACUGCGGCCCGUCGCAUUUACCUCGCCUACGGGCAGACAGCAAGCGGCAAGACGUACAGCCUGUUCGGCGAGACCUCGACGAGCUCUGGCGUCGAGGGGCUGUCCCCUGCGGCAGGUGUGGUGCCCCGCUACCUGCACGACGUCUUCAGCACAAGGAACGACGCAGAGCAGCGGCGGCGUCGAUGCGGCACUGGCCGUGGCAGCGUCGACGGGGCCGUCGAUGACGUCUUUGUCGACCUUUCGUGCUUUGAGGUGUACAACGAGGCCGCGAUGGAUCUGGUGGCGCUCUCCGUCGCGCAGUCGACGCUCGACUUCCCGCACUCCACCGGCGCGGCUGAUGUGGCACGAGGCAGCGUGGUCCGCCGCCUGAGCUCCAAGACUCCAACUGACGCUGCCGCCGGAGUGACACACUCCUUGAGGUCUUCCGACCUACGGCGGCAGCUGCCGGUGUGGAUGGCGCACAAACUGUACCGCAGUGAGCAGCAUCCGGACGGGGCUGACGCGCACACGCAAGAGGACGUGUGGGGCACGCGUAGCGAGAGCUCCGCGUCGGUGGAGACAGGCUGCACCGCCACCGCUGGAGCCGCAGCGGCACCGUUCGCAUCAUCACCGACCCUCUCGCGGUUUCUCAAGACCGAGUACAAGGCUACUGAAAAGCAGCAGGUGCUGCGGUCACUGGAGCGCGCACGAUGCACGACCUUCGCCGAAGCGCAAGCGGUCUUGCAGGCCCUGCUUGCUCUACGGCAGGAGUGCGCCACCAGCCGCAACCAAAGCUCCUCCCGCGGCCAUCUCGUCCUGUGCGUCCGGGUUUACGCGCCAGCGGCGCGUGACGAUCUGGCAAGUGAGUGGAUCAUGCAGCACGAAACGGCAUUUGUGGAUCUGGCCGGGUCAGAGAGCGGAAAGCUCGCCGACGCCGACGUAGCCGAUGUCUGCGCCUCUAAGGUGGCGUGCCAUCAGCCGAGACGGCGAGGCCACGCAGCCACCGGAGCAGCGUCCUCGUCGCGCGCGAGCAGUCUGCACAGCCGCGUCUCACUGGAUACCUCCAUGCAAUCUGGCGUCUCCUUGCAGCACAGCGGCAUCAGCAGCGGCACCACCACUACGGUCAGCUCGGCAUAUCAUCGCUCUCUCCUCCGCCCAUCUCCCGAGGCAGACAAGAAGGCGGUACGGGUGCGGCGGCGGCGCGAGACAAGGUCUAUCAACGCAAGUCUCCUGGCCCUUCGUAAGGUCUUUCGGGCUCUCUAUGAAGCAACACGGUUGAGCCACACAGCCGUCGCCCAGGGGUCAGCAGCAUCAGCGGCGACUAAACUCCCGCGCCGGCCUCCGCUGCACCACGCCCCUUUCAAGGACAGUGCGCUGACGGCAAUCCUCGAACCUUUCCUGGUGCCGCAGCCAUCUGCAGCGACUCCAUCAUCAUCCAUCUCUCCGAGUGCACCAGAGGGUGCCGCCGCCGUGCACGUUGUGCUGCUUGUGUGCUGCUCCAGUAGGUCCGUCGACUUCUUCGAGACAAUCGCCUCCCUGCGGUUGGGAGCAGAGGCCGCUGCAGUAAAGCCGGAGGUCGUCCUGCGCGCGCUGCCGGUGCAGCAGCGCGCGCAACAACAUCAGCUGCACCUCUCCGGGUGUGCCACUCACCUCAAGCCGCACUACAACACCGCCGGCCACCGCCACCGCGAGGGCGGCGGGUGCGCGGCGUGUUUGCCUCCGCGGCUCUGCCGCAGCGCGUCGGCCCCGAGUCGACGAUUGGUGCUUUCAGGCGAUGAGAAUGAGCAAGGGGAAGUGGACGAGCUUAGCAAGUGCACCAGUGCACCCGGCAUCAGGGCUGCGUCAAGUGAGCGUCACGACCGGCGCAGACCUGGUGAGGCCGUCAUGAGUGCCGCAGACGCUGCCCGCCUCUGCGAUGAGGCUCGCCAGUACAAGAAAACGGCCCAGCAGCUUUACAAGCAGUGCAAGUCGCUGUGCGAGAGCUAUGACGAGUGCGUUGACGAGCUGCAGUGGUGCCGCGCCGCGCUGUCGGAGCGGGACGCUCGCGUCGCCGAGCUGGAGGCAGCACUCGAGAAGGUCACUCGCGCAUGUGCAGCAGGCUCGUCGAGACAGCCGCAGCAGCCUCUACCAGAGCCGCUGCAGCCGCGCACCCCAAAAGCAAGCCGCAACAGUACCGCCGCCCACGGAUCACCCGCUGCACGCACGCCUCACCCGCUGCGCCUUCAGCGCAGCAGCCGGGAAGCGGCUGCGGGUGAGUCCCGUGAAGUCAUCGCAGCAGUUAACGACAGCGGUAAGCGGGAGGUGAGCGCUGACCCUGUGCCGUCCGCCACGGCGUCGGUCACUGCAGAGAGUAUGCGAGCCACUUCCACCAACUCCACGGCACGAGAAGGCAGCGGGCGGUGGAUGGUGAGCGUGUCGCCCUUUUCCACCGCGUCGCUCGCAGAAGGAACAGCAGCCCGCAUGGCGACGGUGCGCGAGGACGUGGAGGGCGUGAAGGACGUUGUCGAUGACGCCGGCAGCAGCGGCAGUAGCAUUCUCCGUCAAUCCUGCGACUCAAGCGUUGAGCGGCAGCAACAGCACGCUCGACGCAUCAUGGACACGCUCCUGGCGCGGCAGAUAUUCCCUUCAGACGAGCCAGUGGAACCGACCCAGUCCCUGUCACCACCCUGCGCGAGCUCUCCCUAUCCGGUCUUGCCCACGCUCUCAGCGCGCGGCACUGCGGCGCCCGCAUCGUCACCGGUGCAGGAACAGCAACACGCACGAAGUCACAGCAGCUGCCAAGACAGCGAGAGCGACGCACACGUUGCGCAAGGACGCGAGUCCGACAGCGAUGGUCGGAGCCCGCUCACAGCGGAGGCGGACGCGGCAGCCGGUGAGCCGGCACGUGCGAAAGAGGUGGCCGAGGCGAGUGCUACUGUUGCGGCAGCCUCUGCUUCCAUGUCGGCGCCGCGUCAGUCGUACAACACCCCCCGCUCCUCCUCCGCCGGUGCAACGGCGUCGUCCUUGCUGGAAGGGAGGGGCAGCGUCAGUGUCGGGCGGUCUUCCUGCUACAGUGUCGCGGAGGGGCCAGAGGUUGAGUUAAUGGCCUUCCUCUCCUCUGCGGCUACCGCCGUGCACGGGGUCACUGCACCAGUGGCAUCAGCCUCAGCAGUGUCAGCCACUGCGCCAUGGUCGAAAGAGAUGAACGUCAGUGUGUCGCACACAGUGCCGCGCGACUCCCCUCUUCGUGCGACGACAAGGCGGGUGAUCGCCAUGUCGAUGGAUCGCGACCGCGAGGUUCCUCACGCGGAGGCGGCGGUCGGCGGUGAUGAGGAAGACGCCGUCGAGGAAGUGGUGAUACGGCUGAAGAAGCAAGACCGUAGUGGCGCCCUUCGCAUCCCCGCGGCAACGUGUCAGCCUACGGAAACCAUCCGGCAUGUCGAGGUGAACGGCAGGGCGGCAUCGAAACCACCCUGCAGCAGCCCUCCUCUCGGUGCAGUUUCCUCGGCUCCCGUGCCGCCGUCGGCAUCGCCCCUGGGGCGGGUGUACCAACUGUGA